AUGACAUUCAAAGAAGUGAAAGAGAGAUUGAAGAACAAGCUUUUGAAACAGCUAGAACCUACAGUACAAUCUGUCCAGCAUUACUUUGAUUUGAAGGACCCAUUUCACCCAGUGUCAUCUGUAGGUAUGGAUGAUCAAGAAAAUGGUGCUCAAGAUGAAAAUGCAGAGGAUGAAAACUCGGAUGGUGAAAGUGAUGUAAUUGUGUGGGAUUAUAAUUCUGUUAAUGUUGAUUUUCCUUACUAUGAAGUAGGUUUAUGUGAAAAGGAAGUAGUCAAUCGGAUAUAUGAAAUCUUGCCACACCGUAUCCAGCAGUGGCAAAGUACGCCAUGCUGGGCAGAAGAAAGCAAUCAGAGAACACUGGAAAGAAUUCGAAGAGACCAACAGGAAGCUCGAAGGAUUCUCACAGAGCUGGAAAAAAAGGAACAAGAAUUAGAGGAACUUAUCAAAGAUGCCAAGAAGACAUCACUAGCUCAUGAUGAUGAGAGCCAGGAGGGUGACACUGAUGAAGGAGAGCUAAGUGUGUAUUGUGUAACUUGUGGCCAUGAAAUUGGAGCAAGAACAGCACUGAAGCACAUGGAGAAAUGUUUCAACAAGGUAAUACGUUUACAUUAAGUUUAAGGUGUUGUACUUCUUUCCAUGUCAGUAAUGUCUAAUGCGUGAUGAAAUUGAAAUGUGACUCUAUUUUACAAAAUACACAGCCAAGACAGGUCACUUUGUAAAGAGUAAAGGUCAGUUUUCUAUUAUUGCAUACAAUAAUAUGAGAGCUCGUGAGCUGCAUCAUUGUAAUUUCUGUAUUGUUAGCCAG